AUGAUCAAAGUGGUUGAAUGUAUCAUAAUGCAAUCUAUAAUAAAAUGCUUAGCAUUAAGAUAUCAUAUAGAAGAUUUUCAUUUAUGAUUAGAAAAAGAAAGUCUAAGGCAACAUGGUAUUAAUAGAACAGGAAAGUUAAUACCUAAUUACUAUUACUGUCUAUUUGAAGAUUGGGUUAUGCUUACAUUAGAUACAAUGUUGGCUGAACAGGAAGAAAAGGAUAUGAUUUGGACACCAUCUAAAGUAAUAGCAAGACUAGGUGUAGAAAUUAAUAACGAACAUUUAAUAUAUUAUGGUGCUGAAAAAAAUAAUAUUCUAGUGCUCAGCUCCACUUUGUCAGAUGGCAAUCUUCACUUCUAUAGGAAUCCAGGUUUAAUUAUAGACAUAAUCUCAGAUUUGAACUUGUAAAAUAAGGAUUAAAAUUUAUAAUUUAAUUUAUUUAUUAAAUAAAUAUAGAUUUUAUAAAUAUUAUAAACAAGAAAUAUAACAAAUAUAUAAUACAAUGAUAUUAAAUAUAUUGUAUGUUACUUAUUGUAUACUGUGUUGAUUACUUCACAAAUUUUAGGCAAUUAAAUACAAUGAUUGUGAAAGCAAUAAACAAUGGCAUGAUUAUCAUUGGAGGUAGUAUUGUUAAAAUAUUAUCAUAUGUGAAAUACAAAUUUCAAGGUAAUAAAGAAAGUGUAAAUUGAAAUAAAUUUGAUAAUAAAUUGAAUUAAAAUAAUUUAUAUACCAGAAAUAUAGUGCUAAAUAUGUUGUAUUUAUAAAUAUAUCUUCAAAAUUUGGUGGCAGUGAUAGUGGUGCUCAUUCAGAUGAAGCUAUUUCAUGGAAUAAGGGUUUGAAUGAAUGUAAAACCAGUUAAAAUAACAAUAUAUUAGAUUUGUGCAGAUGCAUCUCUGAUUUUUCCAUUGCUCAUUGGAGAAACUUUUGCUUGACAUUAUUACUGAACAAGAGAAAAUAUUGUUUUAGACAUUUAAGAAAAAUUUAAUAAACCAUUUUUAAAUGAAA